AUGCCAAAACACAUCGUUGUUGGAUUCAUGCUCAGUUUGUCUGUAGUGGAUUGCGCAAACAUUUUGGCCUUUUUUCCAACACCCUGAAUAAGUCAUCAGGUUGUCUUCCGUCCUAUAACACAGGGACUAGCCAAACGUGGACAUGAGGUUGUAGUCGUGACCACAGACCCAGCGUUUCCAAAAGGACAGGCACCAACAAACCUCACUGAAAUAGACGUUCACGAUAUCUCCUACCACCUCAUGAGAGAGGUUUUCGUAACAAACUCUUCGGGAUACAAGAGCGGUGCCUUCGAUAAAGUAAAAGCAACCUUUGAGAGGCUAAUAGUCAUAUUUGAAAAGCAGAUACAAUUUGAAGAAGUGAAAAACAUACUAAGGGAUAAAACAAAGAAAUUUGAUUUGUUGAUAUUAGAAGCUUGUGUCAAACCAGCUUUAGUACUUUCUCACGUUUAUAAAGCUCCAGUGAUUUUAGUAAGCUCGCUAGGGCCUAUUUAUGGUAACUUGGAGAAUCUGGCAGGACCUGUACAUCCUUUGUUGUACCCAGGACCUUUCAGCGAUAGAAGCUACAACUACACUCUCUGGGAUAAAAUUACAGAGCUGUGGAAUCAUUGGAAAUACCAAAAUAUGCUGGAUGACAUGCAAGAUUCUGAUAACGAAAUGAUUCGGCGGAAUUUUGGACCUAAUGUACCAGAUAUUAGGGAACUAGGAAAGAAUGUAGAUAUGUUUUUCGUGAAUUUGCAUCCGCUAUGGGAUAAUAACAGGCCAGUACCACCGAACGUUGUUUACAUUGGUGGUAUACAUCAAACGCCCGAUAAAGAAUUACCGAAAGAUCUAAAAUCGUACUUGGAUUCGUCAAGGAACGGCAUUAUUUAUGUUAGUUUUGGCUCGAACGUCGAACCUUCGAUGUUCCCUCGGCACGUUUUCGAUACCAUACGUAACGUCCUAUCGAAAUUACCGUAUGACGUUUUAUGGAAAAUGGAUUUAGAUAAAUUACCAGGGAAAGCAGAAAAUAUUAAAAUUGGAAAAUGGUUUCCCCAAUCUGACCUUUUAAAGCAUCCUAAAGUCAAGCUAUUCAUAACUCAAGGUGGCUUACAAUCCACCGACGAAUCGAUCGUGGCUGGUGUUCCCUUUGUGGGUAUACCUAUGGUCUCCGACCAAUGGUUCAAUACCGAUCAGUACGUUAAGCACCAGAUCGGCGUUAAGUUGUACAUGGAAACAAUUGAUGAGGAAAAACUCACGGACGCCAUUACAACCGUACUUGAAGACGACCGAUAUCGUCAGAAUAUAGUUCGUUUUCGUUCUCUGGUGUACGACCAGCCCCAGAGCCCCCUAGACCGAGCCGUGUGGUGGACGGAGCAUGUCCUGCGUCACGGAGGAGCAAGGCAUCUCCGAUCAGCGGGAGCCACCUUGACCUGGUCAGAAUACCUAGAGAUACCGUUAAUUAUGAAAAUUCUAUCAACAAUUUUCCUAUUUUCAUUAGCGUCACAUUAUACAAUAAUGAAACUCUACAAAUUACAUUUUAAUGAGGAAGGGGCGAGGCUUUGGUUGGGAAAAGAAGAAAAAGGUUCGAUUUCCCUCAGCACAUACUGUUCACAUGCAUGCCACGUGAUGACGAGGAGAGGAGGAAGGGGCGAGGCUGUGGUUGGGAAAAGAAGAAAAAGUUUCGAUUUCCCUCAACACAUACUGUUCACGUGCAUGCCACGUGAUCACGAGGAGAAAAGGAAGGAGACGAGGCUGUGGUUGGGAUCGCGGAGGGGGAUUCUGGGCACCCACACCCCUGUUGUUCUGGUUUCGGCCUCCACGUCGUACCACCCCCGCGGAUGGGAUAGGAGCGAAGUGCGACUGCUGUGUGCGAAGGCGAGAGUGGAGCCAAUAGCGAUGACUAUCCCUCGUCUCGAGCUCAGCUUAGCAUUGCUCGGGGCUCGACUGUCAGCAAAGACCCUCAAAUCCUAUAUGGACUCAUCACGAAAAGGUAUCAUUUACAUCAGUUUUGGUACGAACGUUUUGACCUCUCUGUUGCCCAAGGACAAAGUGAACGUUCUGUUUAGAGCAAUCUCAGUUUUACCACACAACGUUAUUUUGAAGUGGGACGCGGACAAAAUGCCCGGACUUCCCGAGAACGUUUUAAUGGGAAAAUGGUUCCCGCAAUCCGAUUUAUUAAAGCAUCGAAAUGUUAAAUUAUUCAUAACCCAGGGAGGUCUCCAAUCGACCGAUGAAUCCAUAACAGCUGGAGUGCCGCUAAUAGGCAUACCGAUGAUAGGAGACCAGUGGUACAACGUCGAACAGUAUGUCAAGUUUGGCAUCGGCGUGGGCUUAGACCUGGAGUCCUUGACUGAGGCGGAUCUGCUAGAAGCUAUUCACAAAGUCAUUGGUGAUGAAAGCUACCGUCAAAACAUAGCUCGUCUCCGGAGCCAGAUGUACGACCAGCCCCAGAGCUCGUUGGAGCGCGCCGUGUGGUGGACUGAGUACGUGCUGCGUCACGAAGGAGCCAAGCAUCUCCGUUCCCCAGCAGCCAAUAUGAGCUUGACCCAAUACUUGGAGCUAGACCUAUUAUCCCUAUUAUUACUUCUAGUCUGUAUCAUCCUAUUUGUAAUCGGUUUAACAGUUUACAAUAUUGGGAACUUUUUAAGGAUUACACAAAAAAAUAAAAUAAAAAGAUAUUGA